UUAUACCCACUAUUAUACUAUAUUGAAUACUCGUCUCUAACUCAAGCCUUCAAUAUUAUUUAUCAAACUUUAUCUCAAUAAGAAAACAUCAACUGUAUAUAUUUAUCUAUAUAUAUCUACUGAUAUCGCUAACUGUAUAAUAGCCAAAUCCAAACAAUCUCGUUUCAAACCUUAAGGAAUACAUCUAUCUAUAUUCUUUGGCAUUUCUUAUCAACCUCAUCAUUGUAAUAUCCCCUUAAGCAUUUCUGCCACUUUCGCUAAUCUGAAUCCAGUUUCGUUAUUAAGCGCGACGUCCUACUAUCAGCAAGAUCCUUCUCCUCAUCCGCGAUACCUUCUAUCCGCAAUAUCAUUCUUUCACAAAUAUCAUCUGGUUAACACCAUCCACCUACAGCAUGUCUGAAGAAAAAAGGGAUUUUCAUGCUUGGGCUAUUGAAACAAGCGAUCACGAUAGGAAGAUUGAGUUUAGGGGUGAAUUGAUAUUGAUUUAUAAUGAAACAACAAAGCAUACACCGGUGGAUAAGCUCUACGUUAACAGCAGGGAAGAGUUCAUCAUUCCGAAGCAUUACAAAUGUAAACUUCAUGGUGCUGGUAUGGGGUCUUUUGCUAGACUACAUGAUAAAAUAGAAGAACAAUCAGAGGUCUAAUUCAAGCCUUUGUAAUCCAAACAUUUCUAUCAAUUCGAAACCUGAAACCUGAUCA